UACAUCCUACUCACAAUUUAUACAAGAAACUUUCCAGUCCUCAAAUGCCCACAUCAAUCUUCUCACCUUCAUCCAAACUCAUCUCUCUGAUCAAACUGCCCUCAUAUCUCUUCAACUACUUGCCACUAAUCAUCUUUACUUUGGCAAGCCUUUUACCAACAUUUUCUUUCUUCUGUUUGCUCACAGCUCCGUUACAAUGGCUGAUUACAUCACAAAUACUAGAAGGAAUUCCAAUACACAGUUAUUACAAGAACUUGAAGCACUGAGUGAAACACUCUAUCAGCCAAACACUUCUUCAACUAGUACAACCCGAAGAACUGCCUCCCUUGUCCUCCCUCGAACAUCUGUCCCUCCAAUUGCUAUCGCUGAUGAUCCGAUAACCAGUGCUAAAAAUGAUGACAGUGUCAUCAAUCCUAAGCCAAGGUCGAGGCGCAUGUCAUUGUCGCCAUGGCGUUCUCGUCCAAAGCUGGACAUUGAGAGCGAGGACAAUACUAUCCAACAGAGCAGCAGCACCAAGUCAUUGAAGAAGUUCGAUAGCAAAGCCGAGUCCAACUCCGAGAAAAAAGGCCUAUGGAACUGGAAACCAAUUCGGGCUCUCGCUCACAUUGGUAAGCAAAAGCUAAGCUGUUUGUUCUCAGUUGAAAUCGUCACGGUUCAGGGACUGCCUGCAUCCAUGAACGGGCUUAGGCUAUCAGUUUGUGUUAGAAAAAAGGAAACCAAAGAAGGAGCAGUACAAACCAUGCCAUCCAGAGUUUCACAGGGAGCUGCUGAUUUUGAAGAGACUCUUUUCAUUAGGUGUCAUGUUUACUAUACCCCAGCUACUACUACUGGUAGUAGUGGAAGUCGCUUUAAAUUCGAGCCGCGUCCAUUUUUGAUAUAUGUGUUUGCUGUGGAUGCAGAGGAGCUUGAUUUUGGAAAGAACUUAGUGGAUUUGAGUGAAAUGAUUCAGGAGUCUAUAGAAAAGAGCUUUGAAGGCAACCGAAUUCGCCAAUGGGAUACGAGUUAUCCUCUUUUAGGGAAGGCCAAGGGGGGAGAGCUAGUUCUCAAAUUGGGAUUUCAGAUCAUGGAGAAAGAUGGUGGAAUUGGAAUUUACAGCCAGGCUGAGGGGCAAAAGACAGGGAAAAAUGCGAACUAUUCGUCGUCGUCAUCAUCAUCUUUUGCUCGAAAGCAAUCCAAAACAUCUUUUAGUGUCCCAAGUCCAAGAAUGACUAGCCUAAGUUCAUCUAAUUGGACUCCUUCACAAACAGGAACAACACCAAAUCUUCAAGGAAUUGAUGAGCUGAAUCUAGAUGCUGAGCCUGAAAAGGAACCAGAGUCAAAAGCAGAGGAUCUUGAUCUCCCGGAGUUUGAUGUUGUGGACAAAGGAGUUGAAAUUCAAGAUAAAGAUGAAGCUAAAAAAGAAGUGGAAGUAAAAGAAGAAGAGGAAGAAGCAGAAGAAGAAGAAGAAGAAGAGCAAUCUGAAGGAAAUUCUGAUAAAAGAUCGGUAUCAAGUCAUGAGGUUGUUAAGGAGAUUGUGCAUGAUCAGCACCAUCUGACUAGAUUGUCAGAACUUGAUUCCAUUGCUCAGCAAAUCAAAGCUCUUGAAUCCAUGUUUAAAAAUGAAAAUCAAGUCAAGACAGAGGAUGACGACUCUGAAUCGCAAAGGUUGGAUGCAGAUGAGGAAAAUGUGACAAGGGAAUUUCUUCAGAUGCUCGAAGAUUCAGGUGGCGCUAAUCAGUUCAAGACGGAUCAACAAGAAACCCCCACAUUAAAGCUGCAAGGAGGAGAUGAAAAUAGCAAAAAGAGAGAAUCAGUCAUAUUUAUACCAGAUCUUGGAAAAGGGUUGGGUUGUGUAGUUCAAACAAGGAACGGAGGUUUCUUGGCGGCCAUGAAUCCUCUUAAUACUGUUGUUUCUAGAAAAGACACCCCAAAACUUGCAAUGCAGAUAUCAAAACCAUUUGUUUUUCCAUCAAUUUUGUCGUCUAUGAAUGGAUUUGAAAUAUUUCAGAGGAUGGCAGCUAUUGGGAUGGAAGAAUUUACAUCCAAGAUCUUAUCGAUGAUGCCAAUGGAAGAACUCGUGGGUAAGACAGCAGAGCAGAUAGCUUUUGAAGGUAUUGCUUCAGCUAUUAUUCAAGGGAGGAACAAAGAAGUAGGUGCCAGCUCAACUGCUGCUCGUACAGUUGCAGCAGUGAAAUCGAUGGCAACAGCGAUGAACACAAGCCGAAAUGAGAGGAUUUCUACAGGGAUUUGGAAUAUCAGUGAUGAACCGUUGACAGUGGACGAAAUUCUUGCAUUCACACUGCAGAAAAUGGAGGCAAUGACAAUCGAAGCCCUGAAAAUUCAGGCAGAUAUCGCGGAAGAAGAGGCCCCUUUUGACGUUUCCCCACAUUUAGCAAACAAGAAAGAUGAUCAUGGUCAUUCACUGGAGUCCGCAGUUCCUCUUGAAGAUUGGGAAAAAGAUGACAAAAACGAUAAUGUAGUGAUAUCUGUUGUGCUUCAACUGAGGGAUCCAUUGAGGCAGUUCGAGGCAGUUGGAGGACCUAUGAUAGCACUGAUUCAAGCAGUUCAUAUCGAUGAGAAAACUAAUGACAUCGACGAGGAAAAGAAGUUUAAAAUAGCAUGUUUAGCGAUUGGCGGAUUGAGAGUUGGAAGCGGAGAAAAGAAGAAUGCAUGGGACACAGAAAAGCAGAGAUUGACUGCAAUGCAGUGGCUGGUGGCUUAUGGACUUGGUAAAAUGGGGAAGAAAGUAAAGAAAGGUUCAGCAGUAAAAGGCCAACAUUUGCUAUGGAGCAUAUCAUCACGUGUAAUGGCAGAUAUGUGGCUCAAGUCAAUAAGAAAUCCAGAUAUCAAGUUCAUCAUGUAGACAGCAAGGAUGACCAAGCCAGACAUUGUGAUGCUGAAAACACAAAAAAAUAUUCAGGAGGAAUCUCCUUCCAAUUUAGAAAUGAGGAGUAAAGUAGGGUUUCCAUUGUGCAUUUGAGCAAUGAAAGAAUGUGGUAGUUCAAGUUCUGUUUUGAUAAUGGCCUUUGACAAAUGGAGCAGUAUCAACUUUGAAAGGAAACUUUAUGACCAAAAGAAAUAUCUUCUGCCAAAAUGUAUUUCACUACUAUGUGAAACUAGUGCAUCAGCAGAAUAUGUUGCAGGAUUUUGUAAGGACAUGAAUCU